AUGGAGAGUGAAGUUUUACUCUACAAAUGUGCCGUGAUAAUCUCCAGCUUUGCACCAAUUUCAAUGGGUCUCUUUGGAUUUCUAAUUGGCCCACAAUCAGCUACUCUAUCAAUAGGCAGUCUAAGCUCUGCUCAAAGUCAACAAGAUUAUUCAAUAUCAUUGGAUUGUCACUAUCGUUAUUUAUCAGGAUUACUGUUAGGAAUUGGUCUAUUGUUUUUGUAUCUUGUGACAAGAGUUUUGGAAAAAGAAACAAACAGAAUUCUGAAAAUGCUUACUUUUAUUGUUGUACUAGGUGGAUGUGGACGUCUGUUGAGUUUGGGAGGAUUCUAUCAAGGUCAAGUGAAAUCAGUGAAUGGUAAAAUGUUAUUGGGAUUAUUUAUGGAAUUAGUAGUCACACCAACGUUGUACAUGUGGCAUAAUAGAAUCAUGAAAAUUACAGACACGUCAACAAAAACAAAAGUUCAGUAA